UAAUCACGUGACUUUUAAACCUGUUAGGAACGAAUUAUGAAGUGUGUUGUUAAUAUUGAUUUAUUUGGCUUGUGUCAAUACAUGUAGCUGAUGGUGUUGCCUGUUGUUGAUAUUUCACAAGUUGUUUGAUAUGUCUGAAAACAGUCCAGCCAUGGCAGGUGGGUGCCCUGUUGGAAUACUGAUUGAUCUUGAUAGUCCAGCAAUUGACACAGAUUUCUGCAAUGAAAACGAAAAUGAAGAUCCAAAUGGUACGUUUACAUUAACAGACUGUAUCGAGAUAUCCCGGAGUGAUGAAGGUGACCGCCGACUGAGCCACACCCUUGUGAUGUCCAUGGACCAGGAAGACCGGAUCCUGAAGGAUGUCACAGACAAGGUGGUCAGCAAUUGUCAGCUGGAAGACAGUCCAGAAGUGCUCAUUCAGGAUGAGAUAUUUGACUUUGACUUGGUGCUGUCACCCAAUGACAGUUCACUGUUGGAGGAACAGGAAGAAGAGGUUUUCUUUGGACCUGUUGGAUUCCGAGAGAAGCUGGUCAGCUCUGUGGUUCCACUGGCCAGUCUGGAUCCGAUGAGCCCACUUAACCCAAAACAGAUGGCAGAGAUUGUGAAGGAGGCACACAGUAUUGCCUAUCAGUUCUCAAGGUUAGCUGUCGACUCUGAGGGCAACAACACUUUUCCCUUUCCUAAGUUUCUACCAAGCAAAAAGAAAUCGCCGGCAAAACCUCACCAACGAAAAGGAACAUUUGAAUUGGAAAAACCUGUGGAAACGUUACUGCAAGAUGGAUCCAAAAUUAAAAUUCCCUCUGUUGGUAAUCAGGAAAAUGUUGCCCCAAUUCCUAUAAACAAUCGGAUGUCUAUGAAAUCUGCUGCACCAGUCAAUCCUCAUAAAAGCAUUCCUGCUGUUCAUAACAAACUAGCAACCAAACUUCGAUGUAUCAAGCAAAGUAAUCUGAGAGCGUCUGAGAUAAACAGUGAAAAGCAAACAGACAAAUCAUCAUCUUCUUUGAAGGUUGACGUGAAAAGUAAAGAUCUUCACUCAAAACUCAAGAAACCCACGACGUUGACACAGGUCACAAAAAACAGAAGUUAUACCCUUCUGCCUAAGGUUAAAAGUUGUGAAAAUGUAAAUCAGCUAUCUGUGAAUGGAAUUCCUAAUACUGAAAUCAGUGGCGAGUCUGAUACAGACAGUAUGAUGUCUGAUAAAAGCGAUGUCUCAGCAUCUAAACUGCCCACUUUCAAGACCAGCUUGCCUGUAGUGACUAAGAGUGUGGAACCUGUUGAUGAAUCGGCAGUGAAAAGAAUGCGACAGUACAGUGGCGUAUCGGAAGCAAACUCGGACACUUCAAGCAUUGCUUCUGAUCUAAGUGAUUUGUCGAUAUCAAAACUUCCCAUUUGUAAUCUGCCAAUGAAGUCCUCACUUCCAAGCAAAAAAUCUAGAAUUCCUGAAAUGGGUGUGAAGAAGCAGAUUCCAGCAGUAAGAAGUGGGAUCCCACCGAUCAGCAGUAAAUUACAGCCACCUAAAACAGCUAUGCCGUUAACAAAAGCACCAAUAGGAACUCUGCAGCUGGUUCGACCUGGACAAAUACAAAAGAGCAGACUGUGUUUUCCACGAGGCAAGCCCAUAGCUGCUGCCCCGGGUCCAAUCAAGGCUCUGGUCCCCACAAAACAGGCUGGACCUGGCACCAAACUCAACAGUGUUACAAAUAAACCAGACAUUACUGUGAAACCCAAAGCAACUGAAAAUGCUUCACUGAAAACAUGUCAAAGCACUGUGAUCAAGCCUGGUAGCCCGCUCCAGGCAAAUAGACUGAAUGUGAGAACACCCAUAAAGUCGACAUCCAGUUCCACUUCAUCAGUUGAUACUCCAAGCAGACGACGUUCGUGUUUACCAACCCCAUCUAAAAAGAGGUUAAAUUCUACUAGCUCAAUACCUCCAAGUCCUCUGACAAACCGCAGCAGUGCAAGCAGCAAUACGUCGACUGGAUCGAGACGACUCCUGCUGAGUGAUGGGUGCGACUCGCCAGUGUUUUCACAGUGUACCAUUUCAACUAGCAUGGAGCACAUGACUGCACCGGAUAAAAAUGAUGAAUCACCAAGUGGUAUGCAGCCACAGAAGCAUCCAGUUCAGAAUACUCCUGAUGUGCCCAAGAAACCGUGCUCAGUCUGGUCGCCAGUGAGAAGGUAUCGCCACAACUCCACAGAUCAGCAUUUUCAGUGCACCAAAAGAAUGAGUUUACAUCACUAGGCUGUGUGUCUGUAGCUCCAAAUUGUAUAUUGUGGCUCAUCUGUGAUUAUAUUUUGAUAGCAAUAACUUCUUGUCCUUAAUACAGAUUCUGUAGACAAUGUCCCAAUUGACAAGGCAACAGGUACAGGGCUAAAAAUUUUCACAAAUCUGCAAAUCAAAUUGUCAGCAUUAAACAUCUGAAUCUAGGUGGAUUUGUGUGAAAUAUUUCCAAAAAUAUAUAUAUUUUAAUAAUCAGUGCAUAAAAUGUUACUAAAAUAACUCUAGAAAUAAUAUAUAGAGGUUAUUACCAGUGUUUUUCGGUAUCAUCAGUAUCAUAUAUUAGGAAU